AUGAGCGACGCUAUUUAUAAGAUUUUGAGGGAUUUACAUCCGUCUAAUUUACGUUAUCUUUUCUAUAUGGUAACGCCGAAUGAGACCAUUCAUACGCGGCUGGAGGACAUACCGAAUUAUUUAGUUGAUCCGAUUUCGACAUGGACGUUCGUGUUGGUUUUCUUGGAGUUGCUGAUACUCGAUGAGAAGACGUAUGCGUUUAACGACCACGUCACGUCUAUAAAUUCCGGAAUGAUGUAUAUCCUCUUAAAAAUCGGUGGUCGUGACAUAUCGGCUUGGAUCUAUCCGAUAGUGUACGAUCGAGUGCAUAUCAUAGAUCUGCCUAACGAUUCGGCCUUAACAUGGAUACUGUGCUUUUUCACGCAAGAUUUCAUGCUUUACAUCGCUCAUCGAGCUAUACAUGAAGUCAGUUUCUUAUGGUGGUUUCAUAAAAUGCACCAUUCUUCUGAGUAUUUCAAUCUCAGCACUGGUUUACGAACACCAGCACUUCAGGAUGUCGCCCAUAUGUUUCCUGAACUGUUGCAAGCUUUCUUUAUCCCUCCCAACAUAUACAUAACAGUACCUUCCCUUGGUCCUCUUGAAUACUUCUUGAACACUCCGUCCAACCACCGAGUGCACCAUGGCAGGAAUCCUUACUGCAUCGAUAGGAACUAUGGCUGCACCUUGAUUAUAUGGGACAGGUGA